AUGUCUUCUCCUGUUAGAUUUGCUAUUCUCGGUGCAGGUAUUUUUGUCAAGGAAGAGCACCUUCCUGCCGUUUUGGCAUCGCCCAACUCAGAAUUGAAGGCCAUCUACUCGCGAUCCAUCAAGUCGGUCAAAGCUGUUUUAGAGGGUGCUACUAUCAGCUCCAAGGUUGAUACUUACUCCGACGAUUCUGGUUCUGGCAAGGGCUUAGACGAUUUGUUGGCUAGAAAGGAUAUCGAUGCUGUCAUUGUGGCUCUUCCUAUCCCCAUUCAACCCACUAUUAUCAAGAAAUCGCUUGAUGCUGGUAAGCACGUUCUUUCUGAGAAGCCCAUUGCCAAGGAUAUUGCUGCUGCCAAGGAGCUGAUUUCCUAUGCCAAGGGUGUUAAGACCGGUGCUCUAUGGGGAGUUGCUGAGAACUUCCGUUACUACCCCACCUGGACCAAGGCUGUUGAGUACAGAGAGAAGCUCGGCAAGCCCCUUUCUUUCAGACUUCAAAUGGGUGGAUUCGUCAAGCCCGGUGACAAGUACUACGAGACCUCGUGGCGUAAGGUCCCCGACUACCAAGGAGGUUUCUUGCUUGAUGGAGGUGUUCAUUUCAUUGCCGGUCUUCGUAAGCUGCUCGGUGAUAACAAAAUUACCACUGUUUCUGCCUUUUCCAGACUCAACUACGAUUACUUGGCUCCUGUCGACACUGUCAACGGUGUUGGUGUGACUGAAGACGGUACCACUGGUACUAUCACCAUGUCAUUUGCCGAUAUCAAGGGUGGAUACGACAACACUGUCCAAUACCAAAACGGUUAUGUUUCUGUUACUCCAAGUAAGGCCGAGAUUGUCAUUGAUGGCAAGCAAGUCGACUCUGUCGAGUACACCGGCAACGGAGUCCACGAAGAGGUCGACGCUUUCGCCAAGGGCAUCCACGCCGGCAAACUCGACGCUGCUCAAGCUCCCGAAGAGGCUCUCAGCGAUCUCCAAAUCGUCGAAGAGCUCCUCGAGUCCGCCAAAGCCGGCGGUGCUCCCAGAAAGCUCUAA